AUGCCCGAGGAGAAGAGGCUGAAUAUUAGCAACACGGUGCUGUGGCAGGAGUCCAUGAAGGUGAUGGCUGAGUCCAUGGGCAUUGACCAGAUCCAGGAGGACACCUGCCAACUGCUGGCCGAAGAGGUCAGCUACCGUAUCAAGGAGAUCGCACAGGAUGCCUUGAAGUUCAUGCGCAUGGGCAAGCGGAAGAAACUCAACACCAGUGACAUCGACCACGCUCUGAAGCUAAGGAACGUCGAGCCACUCUAUGGCUUCCAAGCCCAGGAGUUUAUCCCCUUCCGGCUCGCUUCGGGUGGGGGGCGGGAGCUCUACUUCUAUGAGGAGGAGGUGGUGAACCUGCGCGACAUCAUCAACACCCCCGUGCCCCGCGUGCCUCUGGACGUCUGCCUCAAGGCGCACUGGUUGAGCAUCGAGGGCCGUCAGCCCGCCAUCCUGGAGAACCCACCCCCCGCUCCCAAAGAGCAGCAGAUGGCAGAGGCCACGGAACCCAUGAUGUCAGCAAAGCCACGCCAGGAGGAAGACGGACCCUUGAAAGGCAAAGGGCAGGGCAAAAGGAAAAAGAAGGCGCUGCCCCUGCUCAAGGAGGCCCCUUUGCGGCUGAAGCCCCGCAGCAUCCACAAGCUGUCUGUGGAACAGCAGCUGUACUACAAGGAGAUCACCGAGGCCUGCGCAGGGCCAUGCGAGGCCAAGAGAGCAGCGGCCUUGCAGAGCCUCGCCACGGACCCCGGGCUCUACCAGAUGCUGCCCUGCUUCAGCACCUUCAUCUCAGAGGGGGUCCGCGUGAAUGUGGUACAGAACAACCUGGCCCUGCUCGUCUGCCUGAUGCGCAUGGUGAAGGCGCUGAUAGACAACCCCACACUGUACCUGGAGAAAUACUUGCACGAGCUGAUUCCCGCUGUGGUGACCUGCAUCGUGAGCCGACAGCUGUGCCCGCGGCCAGAUGUGGACAAUCACUGGGCGCUCCGGGACUUCGCCGCCCGCCUGGCGGCCCAGAUCUGCAAGCACUUCAGCUCCACCAACAACAACAUCCAGUCCCGCAUCACCAAGACCUUCAUCAAGAGUUGGAUGGACGAGAAGACCCCGUGGACCACGCGUUAUGGCUCCAUAGCAGGCCUGGCAGAGCUGGGGCAUGAGGUGAUCACGACGCUGGUCCUGCCUCGGCUACAGCAGGAGGGGGAGCGGAUCCGAGGGGUGCUGGAUGGCCCAGUGCUGAGCAACAUCGACCGCAUCAGCGCAGACCACGUGCAGAGGCUCCUCCUGAAACACUGUGCCCCUGUCCUGGCAAAGCUGCGCCUGCCACCGGACAACCAGGAUGACUACCAGGCACAAUUUGGGUUCCUGGGGCCCCUCCUCUGCUCUCACGUGGUCAAGGCUCGGGCCCAGGCCGCCCUACAAGCCCAGCAGGUCAGCAGGACCACGCUGACCAUCACUUAACCCCGGCCCACACGGAUCGUGUCGCAGACC